AAUUGCAGGUAGUACAAGAAGCCCUCAAUAAAGCUAGACUAACCGAGAAGGAUCUUACUGCCGUUGCUGUCACGAUAGGCCCUGGCUUAAGCCUGUGUUUGCGUGUUGGCAUCCGAAAAGCUCGGCAAAUUGCGGGUGCUCACAAUUUACCGAUUGUUGGUGUCCAUCACAUGGAAGCUCAUACUUUGGUAGCCAGGUUAGUGGAAAGAGAGAUGCAAUUUCCUUUCAUGGCUUUGCUUGUCUCAGGAGGGCAUAACCUUCUAAUUCUUGCACGUGAUCUUGGUGAUUACAUUCAACUUGGGUCCACAAUUGAUGAUGCAAUUGGUGAGGCGUAUGACAAAACAGCGAAAUGGCUUGGGCUUGAUUUGAGGAAAAGUGGGGGCCCAGCUAUAGAGAAACUAGCUCUAGAGGGUAAUGCAGACUCUGUUAAAUUUAAUGUUCCGAUGAAACAAUACAAAAACUGCAACUUCUCAUAUGCUGGUCUGAAGACACAAGUGAGGCUGGCAAUUGAAGCUAGAAAAAUUGAUGCCAGAAUACCCAUCUCUUCCGCUUCUAGUGAGGAUAGGCAAGCUCGGGCAGAUAUUGCUGCAUCUUUUCAGCGAGUGGCAGUGCUACAUUUGGAGGAUAAGUGCAAGCGGGCAAUUGAAUGGGCCUUGAAGAUUGAACCAUCCGUAAACCAUAUGGUUGUCUCUGGAGGUGUGGCAUCAAAUCAGUACGUUAGGGAUCGGCUUAAUCGGGUUAUUAAGAAGAAUGGACUUCAGCUUGUCUGUCCUCCUCCCACUCUAUGUACUGACAAUGGUGUGAUGGUUGCUUGGACUGGGAUUGAGCAUUUCCGGGUGGGAAGAUUUGAUCCUCCGCCUCCCCCAGAUGAACCUGAAGAUGCUUUGUUUGAUUUGCGACCAAGGUGGCCAUUAGGAGAAGAGUAUGCAGAGGGAAAAAGUGAAGCGCGCUCCCUGAAGACCGCCAGGGUUCACCCUUCCCUUACUUCUCUCAUUCACGCGUCUUCAUCUUCUACUACUAUUGUCUAACCGCCGAGUUGAUUAUAUGUCUCCCAAAAACACGCCGUGUUUCCUGAUGAAUGUUUGAAUGCUUUCACUUUCAAACUGGACAAUGUAUAUUGCAGAUUUGUAAAGAGUUCUUUUUUUCUUCUUCUUGUGUAGUUUAGUCUUUUGUUUAAGAGGGAGAAUAAUGAAGUGGCACAUAUGGCUUGGCUCAAUUCCCACUUUAUACUUCAUUUCAAAGAGAAAGUUGAGAUGCUAAAUUAUAUCUAAAGCUAGGGUUGUUGUAGACGU